AUGGCCGUAACGACAGCCCGGGCCGCCGCCCAAGUGGCCAGAAGUGCAUGCGACCGAUGCUACCAGCUCAAAGAACGCUGUAAGCGUGCUUCAAUCACAUCGUCAUGUGAAAGGUGCGAAAGACUGGAACAGGUCUGUUUGACUGUCCGCCCAAUACUUCCGACAGGCCGCCGAAAGAAACGAUGUGGACAUGCAGUCACCCAAGUCAAACCGAGCCGUUCUAUCAGUACUAUAGAUACCCUCCGCCAUGUCAGCUCAUGGUUGAGAGAGAACACCGAUCUAAGCCCGGACGAGAAGGAGUUGAUGAUGUUUCUACUGCGUGAUUCCCCACCUCUGCAGUAUUCUGUUGUCGGUCCCCGCCAUGCGGAUGCAGAACAGGAGUCAUUUGCCAGCCAAUUGCCAAGUUCCUGGCCUGUACUCAAAGAUGCGUAUCUGGCCUAUGCUGGUGUUUUGAAAUUACUUGCUCAAGGCAGCACGACAGAGAUCGACGAGAAUUCCAUCAUCCGCCAUACCACUGCCGCCAUGAUAGCGUUGCGCCAACUUCCCAUUACCAAUUCUAAUGAUGCAAAGCUGUGCCUACAACUAGGCUUUGCGUUAGCAUUCUCCGUCUACGCAAUAGUUGGUGUUGGCGUAUCGGACAUUUGCCAAUACUGUCUAAGUAUCACGAGGUCAUUUACCGAAGAUGGCACGAUAGACCCAGGAACGGAGUCUCGAAUAAGUUUUCUCGUUCUUCUGGAGACUACGGAGUGUCUAGUUCGCCGCCAAAAGCCAACUUUGAGGCUUCAGCCGCGAGCCCCAGGAAGUGUGGAUCGCCAUCUAGGGCUUUGUCUCCCUUUGCUCCCAUAUUAUCAUGAUCUCUGUGUCAUCAGUUACUCGCUCGUGAACGGCACUGAUUUGAACUGUACGGGCUUGCUUCAGAAACAGCUCAGCGAGAUCCAAGGCCAAGUAGACAAAUGGCAACCGUCUCAUCCAGAAGGCUUCCUCCAUCAAUACAGUACGGCUGAAGUCAUCCAUUUACUCGCACAAGCUAAGGUCUAUCGACUGGCGGCCCUCCUGAUGAUUCACCGCCUACAAUACCUUUUCGGGCAGAAGGACAGCCAAGCAGACAUUUGGUCACGCGAGAUCAUGAUGGAGCUGGAUCUGGCCCGACGCAUAUCCAACCAACCGGCUCGAUUCGUCACUGUACCAUUCAUCAUUGCUGCAAUCGAAACGCGAGACGCCACCGAACGGGAGAAGGUGAACCAAAACGUGGACUUAUACGUUGAUCAGUUCACGCCAGUGGUGCAAAAGGCGACAAAGACGUUUCUGUGGCGAGUUUGGCGCGAGCGCGACGAGCGGGUUGAUUGCUCUUGGUUCGAUAUGAUUCACAAGCCAUGCGUUGCAUUCGACUCCAUCGUGGGUUCUUUCCUGGGAUGA